UCGCAUAAUUGACAGUAAUUUUCAGAAUUAUAGAAUUUUGCAAACUCUAAUUCACUAUGAGGGUCACCACCCUCUAAGCAAUCACAUAAAGUAGCCUCAGCGCUGAGACUUAUAGCAUCAUUGAGGUUGAAUAGUUCGUCUCUUUCCAAAAGAUAAUCCAGGCCUUUCCUGAAAGCUUUCUGGUUUGGGGUAGUCUGGACAUUCACUUGAAAAUAAGGUGAAUUGGUGGAUGGAUAGAUGGAUAUGUAGUAAAUCGAAAACAGUUCAACAUUAAUGAUAGAAUCUAGUUGGUGGGUAUAGGGUGUUCACUGCAAAUUCCUACUUUUCUAUGUUUGGAAAGUUUUCAUAUUGAAAUGAGGGAAGGGGGUUGCAUCAAACAGAGUUGGCCUAAUCUUUGCUGCAUAUUAGCUGAGAGAUUGAACCAAAAUGCCCGGUAUUCAAGUCUCCUCAUCUGAUAUGGAUAAAUCUGAUGUCACAGAGUUAGCAGGGAAAAAAAGGUCAAGAGUUUUUCCCGCAAUACUAGAGUCCCUCAAGUCAAGGAUGGUCUGGAGUGGUGGCAGACGCAAACGAAAGGCAGCGGCGGGUUACAAAUCGCUGAGUACGGCAACGUGGCAAUUUGACCAGUUCAGGUAACUGUCAGGCUGUGUGUGACUGACGCGGUGUGGAACUCCUUAAUGCAUGACUCCGACCCCAAGAAAGAACUUUAAGGAUGCUCCAGAAGCACUCAGCAACCGCAAGCCUUACCGUCUUUUUUCCAGAAUACCUGUCCUCCCCCUUCAUUCCCGCUAGUUCCCCAUGGGUCUUAUAAGCCUUUUGCACCAGAAAUAACGAUUAUAUUCUCUGGUUCUAAAACAUCCCACCGCAGACUGUUCAUCUCGUCUUUUACCAGUUUUAUUUUAGGAAACGGGAGUGUUACUACUGAAUCUGGAGGAAAUCGGCUCUAAGACACGCGGACUUCUCGAGGAGAAGCGUGCGAGGUUGCGACACCUUGGCAACAGAGGACAGCCAGCCCAAGAGCCCAUUAUCACAGACAAGCUCCAGAUCCCACGCCCCGGGAAAACUACAGUUCUAGCGCGCGGCUGGGGGCGGGGCGCCGAGAAGCCCCGCCCAGGCUCUUUAUGACGUAAGACAAUGCCUGCCACGCGUCGGAAUUCUGCCCUGGGAAGAGCCACCCAAAGCGAAAGACACGCGGUGGGGAACGCGGUGGUAUCGUGGGGCCUGUUCCAGGAAUCAUGCAUUUCUUAUCCAGAUUAGUUGUUUUCUUUUACCUGUGGGGCUUUGUUACUGCUCAGGGACUAAAGAAAGAAGAGAGCCCAGAGGAAGUGAAAAUAGAAAUUUUGCAUCGUCCCGAAAACUGCUCUAAGACAAGCAAGAAGGGAGACCUGCUUAAUGCCCAUUAUGAUGGCUACUUGGCUAAAGAUGGCUCGAAAUUCUACUGCAGCCGGACACAAAACGAAGGUCACCCCAAAUGGUUUGUUCUUGGUGUUGGACAAGUCAUAAAAGGCCUAGACAUUGCUAUGAUGGAUAUGUGCCCUGGAGAGAAGCGAAAAGUGAUUAUACCUCCUUCAUUUGCAUAUGGAAAGGAAGGAUAUGAUGGCAAGAUUCCACCUGAUGCAACGUUGAUUUUUGAGAUUGAACUUUAUGCUGUGACCAAAGGACCACGGAGCAUUGAAACAUUUAAACAAAUAGACACAGACAAUGAUCGGCAACUCUCUAAAACCGAGAUAAAUCAUUACUUGAAAAAAGAAUUUGAAAAAGAUGAGAAGCCACGUGACAAGUCAUAUCAGAAUGCAGUUUUAGAAGAUAUUUUUAAGAAGAAUGACCAUGAUGGUGAUGGCUUCAUUUCUCCCAAAGAAUACAAUGUAUACCAGCAUGAUGAACUAUAGCAUAUUUUUAUUUCUACAUUUUUUAGCUACUUACUGUACUUUAAUACAUUAUACAGUCAUUUUUCUCCAGGUUGUAUUUCUAUUUUUCUCCUGUGAGAUAUUUUGUUCCCUUCAAUACAUGUCAUUUUGUUUAAUAAAUGUGAUGCUGUUUUGCAAAUUUA